AUGUCAAAACAUUUUAUUAAUGAUAAAAUAAUUAAACCUAUUGGUCAUUCAAUAAAAAAAAUUAUCAUUGAAGAAAUUCUUACAUGCAAAUAUUUCUUUAUAAUGGUUGAUAGUACACAAGAUGUCAGUGUCAUGGACCAACUUGCGAUUUGUGUUCGCUACUUGGUAAAUGAUUCUAUAAAAGAAAGAUUACUUUCUUUAGUUGUUUGUCAUGAUUCCAGUGGAAUUGCAUUAUACAAUUUGUUAGAAAAUAUGUUUAUGUCAAUGGGUAUCUCAAUGAAAAAUAUAGUAGCCUGUUCAUUUGAUGGUGCAGCAAACAUGAAGGGUACUUACAAUGGACUUCAAUCACAUUUAAAAAAUAGUAAUCCUAACAUAAUUUAUACCCAUUGUAUGGCACAUGUCUUAAAUUUAGUAAUUUGUGAUUCAACAAAAACAUGUUUGGAAGCGGAAAACCUUUUUGGAUUAGUUGAACAGUUUGCAGUAUUUCUAUCAGACUCUCAUAAAAGAAUAAAAAACAAUUUGCCUCUCAUUAUUUUAAUAUUAUUCCAAAAAAACAUGGCAUAA